AUUCAUAACUGCAUGGUGAGAUUCUCUCUCUCUCUCUCUCUCACACAUUCUCGGUCUCUAUCUCUGUCUUUUUUAUUUAGGUUUUUGUAUAUUGCAUUGCCAGGAACUUGAGUUUAAUUACACAUUGAAUGGAUACUUAGGGUUUAGGGUUUUGUAGCAUUGCAUCUGCCAAAACUGAUAUUGGGAAGCUCUCUAGCUCCGUGUAUCAUAGUGGAGUGAUUUUGCUGGAUAUGUAGUAAUGAUAGUAAACAAUUGGUUAUUGGGACAACAGUUUCUACUUUGUGUUUAUACACUUGAAACUGUUCUGAUAAUUCCUUGCGUUUGAUGCACGACAAUGGCUCUCUGUUUUUAUAGAGGAACACUGGUAUGGAAUGAGCUUCGUGACUCGCCUUGGAACGUUGCUGCUGAUUCUUGAUUGUUUUCUUACUCUAAUUUACAUCUGAACUUUCUUCUGAGCGAAGUGAUGGGUCUGGAAAAGGAUCCUCGUAUAUUUUUAGAUGUCUCAAUUGAUGGGGACCCUGUGGAAAGGAUUUUUAUUCAGCUUUUUGCCAGUAUAGUUCCUAAAACAGCAGAAAAUUUUCGGGCACUUUGUACAGGUGAGAAGGGCAUUGGAGAAUCGACUAGGAAACCUUUGCAUUAUAAAGGAACAUGCUUUCAUCGUAUAAUUAAAGGUUUUAUGGCUCAAGGUGGUGAUUUUUCAAGGGGCAAUGGCACAGGCGGGGAAAGUAUUUAUGGAGGAAAGUUUGCAGAUGAAAAUUUCAAACUAACACAUGAUGGACCUGGCGUUCUUUCAAUGGCUAAUAGUGGUCCUAACACAAAUGGAUCUCAGUUCUUUAUUACAUUCAAGCGCCAACCUCAUCUUGAUGGGAAACAUGUUGUUUUUGGAAAAGUUAUCAAGGGAAUCGACAUUCUGAAGAAAAUUGAGCAGGUGGGAACUUCUGAUGGGAAACCCACCCAGCCAGUUAAAAUUAUUGAUUGUGGUGAAGUCUCUGAAACAAAAGUUCAGCAUACUGUUGAGAAGGAGAAAGGGAAAAAGAGAAAGUCAAGGAAAUCCCUAACUUCUGAUGAUAGUUCUGACAAAAAAUCAAGGGGGAAAAGAAAAAAAUCUUCCAAAGACUCAAGGAAGAGAAGGAGGAGAUACUCAUCAUCUGAUAGUGAUAAUGGUAGUGAUAGUUACUCCUCAGAUUCUGAAUCAGAUUCAGAUUCGGAUUCUGAAUCAGAUUCAUCAUAUUCUGAUUCCAGUUCCUCUGGUUAUGGGAAACACCAGAAGAGUAGGAGGAAUAGGCACAAGCAUGAGAAGAAGAGGAAAAAUGGACGAAAGCUGAGAAGGAGAAGCCAGCACAGUAAAAGUAGAAGACCAAGACACAAGUCCAGACGGAGUUCAGAUGAUUCAAGUGAUACAGAAAGUGAUAGUUAUAGUGAUAGUAGUUCUGGUGAUGAAAAAAUUGAACGCCGUGCCUCUGGUCGUAAAACACGUGUUGACUAUAAAGCACAAAGAAAUCUAGAUGCAGGAAAGCAAUCUUCUAGCCUUCCUCAACGAAGUCCGGCUAUUCCAGAACAAAAGUUGGAGGAUCCCAAGGUUAGAAGAACUGUGGACAAGCAAUCACAUGAAGAAGGUGAAUUAUCUCCAGAAAAUGGAGCAUUUCUGAAUAAUGGGCAUGAUACUCGAGCUGAAUUUAGUAAACCUGCUAAGCAACAUGCUAAUUCCGAUGAUUCAAAUCACAAUAGAGGUGGAAGUCCUGGGAGAAGUCCUGCUAGGAGUCCAACUAGGGAUUCUACGGGGCUAAACCAUGGACGUGCUUUGUUGUUGGCUAGUCCUGGUCAAAAGGCAUCUGAACCUGCUGCCCCCAAACAUAGUCAGCGAUUUUCAAAGAGUCCUUCACCAAAUGGCAUGCCUAAGCGUAUUAAAAAGGGCCGUGGCUUUACUGAGCGCUAUGCAUUUGCACGCAGAUAUCGAACUCCAUCUCCAGAGCGAUCUCCUCAUACAUAUCGCUAUGGUGAUAGAAAUAUAAGAAGAAACUUUGACAGAAACACUAGCUAUAGAAGUUAUUCUGAACGCUCACCACCCAGACGUUACCGAAGCCCACCAGCGGGCAGGAACCGUCCAAGAUACCAAGGCAGAAGAAGUCGGAGUAGGAGCAUCUCCCGCAGUCCAGUGCGUGGCCGUAUUAGGGACCGUGGCCGUAGCCGGAGUCCAAUACGCAGUCUUAGCCCAGAAGACAGGCGGCCUCCCAUUAGUGACAGAUUAAAAUCCCGACUUGGUCCCCGAAGUGAUCAACGAUCGGCAGACAGGGGUAGGUCAAAGUCCCAUUCUAGGAGCAAUGGCUCUUCUCGCUCCAGAUCCCCUGAUGCCACCCCACCAAAGCGAUAUGAUAAAAGGACUUCUGUAUCUCGAAGCAGGUCUAGAUCUAGCUCUUCAUCUGGACAAAAGGGUUUAGUUUCUUAUGGAGAUGCUAGUCCUGAUUCUGGGCCCAGGUAGGUAUUACGAUGACUGGAAGCAAGACUCAAUUUUCAAUUGAAGCUGAAAUUGCUAUGCCUUCUAUGACGAGUCUCAACAGGAGUUAUGGUGGGCAUCCAUAUAUCCUUUGUGGAGUUCCUAUGUUGAUCCCGAAUUCGGAGCCAGUUAAAUAUUGUGCAUUAGCUUAAAAACGAGCAUUCUAUCAUGUUAGCUCAACAAAGAGGUUAUUGGUGCCAAAACCUGAAUGAUGCGCCUUAAAUUGGAUCUGAUGUGUUUUGUCUCUAUUAUUUUUCGUAAUACAUUUUUUUUUUGUUAACAGCAUUUUUACAUUGAAAUUCAUCAUUCCUGCUCAAAUUAAAGAAAAGCUAGAACAUUCUCGGCUUCAAAGUACCACAU